GAAACCGCAUUCUUUUCAGCCCGUCUUCGGCCCAAUCCGCAGCGUGGCAGCGCCUAAACCCUACGCUGGACGCUCCCGCCGCGCCGCCUCCACCGCCGCCGUCUUCCUACCCUACCAGAGAAGCGCCGGAGUCGCGAGCUGCCGGCGGCAACCGAACACCACCAACACCCGCACCAGCUACCUAAAGGAAUGGUAGAUUUGAGGUUGGAAGGGAGCUGUGGGAUGAUGCUACAAAGUCUGGUCUUUUGUUACGGUGCUCAGAGGAUCUGUUGGAUCCCUUGAAGACAGAGGUAUUCAGACCAGCUUGUCCAGCACAAAGACUGAGUCCUCAGAGCUAUAAACGCUUGGUCCAAAAAAACAAGAUUAUUGCUGCUGGAGCAAAAAAAAAGGAAACUGCUAUUGCAGCCUCAAGGAAGAAGUAGGGAGUCUAGUUUUUGUUCCAAGUGCACAUUGGACUUUAUGGACACGUCUCAGCAGCAAGAACAGGAUUUUGGUGUACUGCUUAAGCAGGGGGCAGAAGGAAGGGUAUUUGUUUCGACAUUCGUGGGGCGAAAAUGCGUAAUCAAAGAGCGCUUUUCAAAGAAGUACCGGCACCCAUUGCUGGACUCAAAGUUGACUCUAAAGCGCUUAAAUGCUGAAGCUCGGUGCAUGACAAAAGCACGACGGCUUGGUGUGCCUACCCCGGUUCUUUAUGCUGUGGAUCCACUUCUACAUACAUUGACCUUUGAGUAUGUGGAUGGCUUGUCUAUCAAGGAUAUACUUCUUGGGUUUGGGUCAAAUGGGGUUAAUGAGGAACGCCUAAAUGAUAUUGCCACACAGAUAGGGAAUGCUGUUGGCAAACUACAUGAUGGAGGUCUGGUUCAUGGUGAUUUGACCACGUCAAACAUGAUAAUCAAGAGAAGCAACAAUCAAUUGAUUCUUAUUGAUUUUGGUCUGAGCUUCACAUCAACAAUUCCUGAGGACAAAGCGGUGGACCUAUAUGUGCUGGAGAGAGCUCUGAUUUCCAUGCAUUCAUCCUGUGGGGAUGUGAUGGAGAAGAUCCUCGCAGCAUACAGAAAAGCUUCGAAGCAGUGGUGCUCCACCACGAACAAGCUAGCGCAAGUCAGGCAACGGGGCAGAAAGCGCACAAUGGUCGGAUAAAACUCGACCUGGAGUCGAUGGAUGCUACAAAAGGCCAUCCAGGAUCAUUGGACCCCAUCACCACCAUUUCCUCGCCUUGGUUGGUAGCGGUCGAGUGGCUAUGUCUGUUGUAAUAGUUUUAUUCUUCAACCUUGAAUCAAAUAUUGCUGAAAAUAUGUCAGCAGCGUUCAUCUGAA